AAUAGCACGCCAGACAAAUAGAUUGAUCACUUCUGAUUUGGAUACUUUUCCGCGUUUCCAGAUAUCUUUUCUACUGAUUGUUGUAAUACAAGAUUAUCUGAGAGUGUUGACGUGGUACUACGUCAUAAAGUGAGUCACUAAAGUAUCCAAGCUCAGUGCAGGCAUAAAUGUCGAAGUGAAUCGUAGUUUUUGAGAUUCCGCUAUCUCUCCGCUCUCUGAUAAAUAAACUCGAAGCGAGUUGCUUUAAUAAUCUGUUACUUUACAAUCUACUCUCGCAAUUCAACUCAUUACAUCAGUUUCUCGGUCGUUAAUUUGGCGCACAAAUCUGUUACAUUAAGUCGCAUGUUACUUCGUUCCAAAAAAUGGCAUCGUUGAAACCGAUGUUAAGCAAGGAUGUGCCUGAUAUCGAAAAUAUAUUGAACAUCAAUCCGAAGUCCAAAACUCAUACAAAUUUCAUGCCAUCAGCGAGCACCAAACAGAACAAACAACACUGGAAAAGGAAUAUUCUUGAGAAAUGUGAUAGUUGCGUAUCUUUGACAAAGAACUUUGACGACAUUAAGCAUACUACCUUAAGCGAGCGUGGAGCUUUGAAGGAAGCGGCACGUUGUUUAAAAUGUGUCGAUGCACCUUGCCAAAAAUCCUGUCCCACGCAAUUGGACAUCAAAGCUUUCAUCACCUCGAUUUCCAACAAGAAUUAUUAUGGUGCGGCUAAAGCGAUCCUAUCAGACAAUCCUCUCGGCCUCACCUGCGGCAUGGUUUGUCCAACUAGCGAUCUUUGCGUGGGUGGAUGUAAUCUUUAUGCAACUGAGGAAGGACCUAUUAACAUUGGCGGGCUUCAACACUUUGCGGUGGAUAUUUUCAAAAAAAUGAAUAUUCCUCAGACCAAAAAACUCAAUCAAACGGUACCUCAUGCAAACACGAAAAUCGCCCUGCUCGGUUGCGGACCAGCUUCUCUUUCGUGUGCGUCAUUUCUUGCUCGACUCGGUUAUGAUGAUAUCACGAUCUUCGAGAAAGAAAAGUAUGUCGGCGGAUUAAGUUCUUCCGAAAUACCACAAUAUAGACUGCCAUAUGAUGUUAUUAGUUUUGAAGUGGAUCUCGUUAGGGAUUUAGGGAUAAAAAUCGAAUUAGGGAGGUCACUGUCUGAAAAUGAUUUAACAAUACAGAGUCUUCAAAAUGCUGGAUACAAAGCUAUUUUUUUAGGUAUCGGAUUACCUGAGCCGAAGAGCAUUUCGAUCUUUGAAAAUCUCACGCCGGAAAUGGGCUUCUUUACCUCAAAGAAUUUUUUGCCCAUUGUUGCGAAAGGCAGUAAGCCGGGUAUGUGCGCUUGCAAGAAUAAUCAAGAACUUCCGUCUCUUUGGGGCAACGUGAUCGUUCUCGGUGCGGGGGAUACCGCUUUUGAUUGCGCCACUUCCGCUCUGCGAUGUGGUGCUAGAAAAGUCUUCGUUGUUUUUCGGAAAGGCUUCACCAACGUACGGGCAGUUCCAGAAGAGAUGGAUUUGGCAAAGGAAGAAAAGUGUGAGUUUAUACCUUUUCAAUCUCCGAAACAAGUCAUUCUUCACAAUGAGAGGAUCGUCGCGAUCGAAUUUUGCAGGACUGAACAAAAUGAGAAUGGUGAAUGGAUAGAAGACGAAGAGCAAAAGAUCGUUUUGAAGGCGGAUUUCGUAAUUUCGGCUUUUGGUUCAGGAUUGUACGACUUUUCUGUGAAGCGUGCUAUGAUACCGGUUAAGAUGAACAAAUGGAAUCUACCGGACGUAGAUAAUACUACGAUGAUGACCUCGGUACCAGGUGUAUUCUGUGGAGGUGAUCUUGCGGGUGUUGCCCAGACUACCGUGGAAUCCGUGAAUGAUGGAAAGACUGCAGCAUGGUAUAUUCACAAAUACAUACAGGAAUUCUAUGAUUUGACAGUACCAGAAACUCCGCAAUUACCAAAGUUCCACACCGCCGUUGACAAUGUUGACCUUAGUGUUGAGAUAUGUGGAAUAAAAUUCGAGAAUCCUUUCGGUCUUGCAUCUGCACCACCUUGCACCUCCAGCGCAAUGAUCCGGCGAGCUUUUGAGGCCGGCUGGGCCUUUGCAAUCACAAAAACUUUUUCCUUGGACAAGGAUCUCGUCACCAAUGUAUCGCCGCGCAUUGUCAAAGGCACUACGUCUCGUCAUCAUUACGGACCUGAGCAGGGUAGCUUCUUGAAUAUUGAGUUAAUAUCCGAGAAAACCGCCGAUUAUUGGUGUGGCAGCAUCACUGAACUAAAACGAGACUUUCCUACAAAGGUUGUCAUUGCGAGUAUUAUGUGCACAUAUAACAGGGCUGAUUGGACGAAGUUGGCAAAAAAAGCGGAAACAGCUGGUUCUGAUGGCUUGGAAUUAAAUCUAUCCUGUCCGCAUGGUAUGGGUGAGUCUGGAAUGGGUCUGGCCUGUGGACAGGAUCCUGAACUGGUUAGAAAUAUCUGUAGAUGGGUUCGUGAAGCAGUUAAAAUACCAUUUUUCGUAAAAUUGACGCCCAACAUUACUGAUAUUCUUUCCAUUGCCAAAGCAGCUUACGAAGGCAAGGCUGAUGGCGUUACUGCUAUUAACACAAUAUCCGGAUUGAUGGGAUUGCAUGCUGAUGCGACUCCAUGGCCGGCGGUCGGCCUCAAUAAAUCCACAACAUAUGGCGGAGUGUCAGGAAACGCCACUAGGCCCCAAGCCUUGAAAGCAAUUUCAAUAAUCUCAAGGCAUCUUCCAGGAUUCCCGAUACUCGGCACUGGUGGCGUCGAUUCGGCCGACGUCGCUUUGCAGUUCCUACAUUGCGGUGCAUCAGUUGUUCAAGUCUGUAGUGCCAUUCAAAACCAAGACUUCACAUUGAUAGAUGAUUACGUAACCGGUUUGAAAGCGUUGUUAUAUCUAAAGAGCUUGGUGCAGACGAAAGAUUGGGAUGGACAGAGUCCACCGACGUUCAAACACCAAAAGGGCAAACCCAUAUCCUUGCAACACGCUCUUGGCAAAGUAAGUAUCAAUUAUUAAUAUCAGCAUAAAUAAAAUAAAAUAAUUAAAAAAAUACUUCUGCAGAAUGUACCAUAUUUCGGCGAGUAUCAAAGGCUGCGUGAACAAAAGAUAGCUGAACUAAAAGCGAACUCAAAUCCCUUAAACGAGAUCGUUAAGGCGAUGCGACCGGCUCCAGGACCAAUUGCGUCAAUACCUACUGUUAAGGACAUAAUCGGUAAAGCAUUAAUUCAUAUUGGCAGCUACAAUGAAUUGGACAACAGGAAACAAGUAGUCGCCUUGAUUGACGAUGACAUGUGCAUAAAUUGUGGCAAGUGUUAUAUGGCUUGCGCGGAUUCCGGAUAUCAGGCCAUCACCUUUGAUCCCGACACCCAUAUCCCAACAGUGACGAAUGAUUGCACCGGUUGUACGCUUUGCUUAUCCGUCUGUCCAAUUAUCGAUUGUAUCACUAUGGUCCCGAAAACGAUUCCGCAUGUAAUUAAAAGGGGAGUGUCGCUGAAGAAUGCAAUCGAAAUUUGUUAAAUAAUAGAUUUACGUUUCUGUCAAAAAAGAUUUAAUAUCAUUAUUUUGCGUACAAAUAAUUGAUUAUGAAAUCAAUCAAAGAAAUAAUGUUAUAUAUGUAUUUCACAUGAAAGUGAAUCAUCCAUUUUCCAAAACAUUCCAAAUUUUGACGAAAUUUACUAAGAUUAAUGGUUGAGGUUUGAGGAUACAAUCUAUUGUGUAAAAUUUUAGAUUUUUAGUUUAGCUAGUUAAGUAGCCGCAAAAGAAAUAAAUUUUACGAUUUGUUGUUUAUUAUA